AUGUUUAGAAACGUUGUUAAUGCUUUCCGUUCAACUGGACGUACUUCAUUCAAAGUUCGUCCAACUUCGAUUAGAACUUACGCGGCAUUCGACCGUUCGAAGCCACAUGUUAACAUUGGUACCAUCGGACAUGUCGAUCACGGUAAGACUACCUUAACAGCUGCUAUCACCAAGGUUUUGGCCGAUAAGGGUGGUGCUUCUUUCUUAGAUUAUCAGUCUAUUGAUAGAGCUCCAGAAGAAAGAUCCAGAGGUAUUACCAUUUCCACCACUCAUGUUGAAUACGAAACUGAGAAGAGACAUUAUGCCCAUGUUGAUUGUCCAGGUCACGCUGAUUACAUUAAGAAUAUGAUUACUGGUGCUGCUCAAAUGGAUGGUGCUAUCAUCGUUGUUGCAGCUUCUGACGGACAAAUGCCACAAACUAGAGAACAUUUGUUAUUGGCCAGACAAGUUGGUGUUCAACACUUAGUUGUUUUCGUCAACAAGGUUGAUACUAUUGACGACCCAGAAAUGUUGGAAUUAGUUGAAAUGGAAAUGAGAGAAUUAUUGUCGCAAUACGGUUUUGAUGGUGACAACACUCCAGUUGUUAUGGGAUCUGCUUUAUGUGCUUUAGAAAAUAAGCAACCGGAAAUUGGUGUCCAAGCCAUUGAAAAGUUGUUAGACAACGUUGAUGAAUACAUUCCAACUCCACAACGUGAUUUGGAACAACCAUUCUUGUUACCUGUUGAAGAUGUUUUCUCUAUCUCCGGUAGAGGUACUGUCGUUACCGGUAGAGUUGAAAGAGGUACUUUAAAGAAGGGUGAAGAAAUCGAAAUUGUCGGUAACUUCGACAAGACCUUCAAGGCCACUGUUACUGGUAUUGAAAUGUUCAAGAAGGAAUUGGAUGCUGCUAUGGCUGGUGACAAUGCCGGUAUUUUAUUGAGAGGUGUUAAGAGAGACGAAAUCAACCGUGGUAUGGUUUUAGCUAAGCCAGGUACUGUCACUUCCCACAAGAAGGUCUUAGCCUCCUUGUAUAUUUUAAGUAAGGAAGAAGGUGGUCGUCACUCCUCAUUCGGUGAAAACUACAAGCCACAAUUGUUCCUUAGAACCACCGAUGUCACUGGUACUUUAAGAUUCCCAGAAGGUGCUGACCACUCUCAAAUGGUCAUGCCAGGUGACAACAUUGAAAUGGAAAUCGAAUUAGUCAGAAAGACCCCAAUUGAAGUCAACCAACGUUUCAACAUCAGAGAAGGUGGUAAGACCGUUGGUACUGGUUUAGUCACCAGAAUUCUUGAGUAA